GUUCAAUAUUCAAUCAGCAGAGAAGAGAGAUUUCGAUUCUGUUCUCAGUUUCUUCACUGUCAAGUAGCGUGCCUUGGAUUCAAUUCCCUCUCCAUUGUCAUCAACCUUGACGAAUGGGCAGUAUAGAAGCCCUCAUAAAAUAAUCUGUCUCAUAAUCUAGCGUAUAAACAUGUGCAAAGAUGGGUUGAUUUAAACUUUUGAUACAUGCUUCUCAGUUUAACAAUUGGAAAUUAUCUUCUACUUCUUUUUCCGCUUUUAAAGAUGGUUAAGUGAAAUACAGAAUAUAUUUUAUCAAGGAAUAAACGUAAACUUGUUCCAACUAAUGAUGAACCAGCUAGACUGGAAGCCUAUUAUCGAUGUGCAGCCACACUGAUGACAGAGAAUCUACAAAAUCUUGGCUUAUCUUCAAUGUCAGACUAUAAAAAUCUGGUAUGCAAUCCACCGCGUUUAGUUGAACGAAUACAUCCGGAGAGACAAUAUCAAGGUCACAUAAUGUUUGAUAAAACGGGGACCGGUCAACAACAUCCUGGAUUUAUUUUACGUCUUGUUUUGGAUGAGAAUGUUGUAAAAUUUGAACCUUCUAUUGAAGAAUUUGAAGUCACUUUAUUAAAUAUGUUUGAUUAUAUGCACAAAGUGAUACAGAGUAUCCCUAGGAUUGAAACGCGUCUAUAUUCUGAUUGGCAAUCUGGUUCAACUAAGAAUAGCAUUCUACAUCCAGUCAUUUUAGAUGAAAUUAUGGAAGAAUAUAAAUAUGAAGUUAGAAAAAUGUUGUUAUUACAAGCCAAAGGACCAGAAUCCCAUGCUAGAGAAUAUGAUAAAUAUCAGUUCUUAGUCAAUCGACAAGCUGAACAGUAUAUUGAGUCGUUAUUAAAUCCUCCAGUUCAAGAACCUGUAGUUCAAGUUGUUGAAUCUACUGAAGAUGACUCACUAGACAAUCCUGAUGCUGUCUAUGAACAACAAGAGAAAACAAUCACUAAAGACACUGUUGAAAACACACCAAUGGGACCAUCAUUUGAAGAAUUAACACGUGAACUAUUGAAAUAUCAUCGUUUGGUAAAGAAGAUACAUUAUGAGUCUAGAAGGAAGAUUCGAUUAGGAUUGUUUGAGAUACACUGUGAUGAAUUAAUUCAUUCUUUAACUAAACGAGCUGAAAAUAUAGCAGAUCGUAUUCUUGAUCGAAUUUUAGAAGAUCAUAGAAUAAUGAAUAGAAAUCUAAUUAAAGAAUAUGAGUUUAUAAGCGCUAAAGCACUAACUGUUCCAACUGAUAUUUCACAUAUGAUGCAGAUUACUGAAUUUAUUAAUCAAACUGAAAAAGUAAAAAUGCAUGAUCUAGAACGUCAACUAGAUCGUUCCAAGGAUCGUUUAUUAUUCCUUAUGGAUCACGCCCAAUUGAAUCCAUCGGACAUGCGUGUUAAUAGUCAAGUUUUUGAAUGGCAUGCACGUAUGACUGAUGUAUUCGAUGAAAGUCGACGUAUUGCAAAUAUGAAACGUGAAGAAUUUGAAAUCAGUUUAAAAUAUAAACGUGAACGAUUUAUUGAAGAAUUAGAAACUUACAGAAAACAAGUUGAUGAAUUUCAAAGUUUUGGUGAUAUGAAUGAAAUUAAUCGUUAUUUGAAAAAAGCGCAAGUAUUAAGUUCAAAAUUGGACACAGCACUGACUAAAAUUGAUGCGUUCAAUGCUGAUGAAGAAGCCUUGAAAUGGGAUACAACUUCGUAUCCCUUGCGUAAUGAAGUACAGAAUAUCUUGAAACCAUUUUUAAAUCUGUAUGAAACUGCAGUAGAACUUAACGGUAAAUUUAAUGAUUGGAUGGAAGGACCUAUGGAUAAAGUUGAUCCGGAACAAGUAGAAAUUGAAGUGUCAAAUCAAUAUCGUAAUUUAUUCAAGUUAGAAAAAACCUUUGAUACCUUACCUGCACCAAGAAAAAUUGCUACAAAAGUACGCGGAAAAAUUGAAGAAUUCAAGGAACAUUUACCCCUUAUACGUACAUUAUUCAAUCCUGGUUUACGUGAAAGACAUUGGGCACAGAUUUCAGAGAUAGUCGGUUAUACAUUACGUAAUGAAGAAGGAACAUGUCUAGCUAAAUUAAUUGAUAUGAAUCUCGAUCAGCAUAUUUCGAAGUUUGAUGCCAUCUCUGAAGCUGCUACUAAAGAAAAUAGUCUUGAAAAGACCUUAGACAAGAUGCGUAAAGAAUGGGCACCAAUUGAAUUCAACUUGAUACCGUACCGUGACAGUGGUACACUGAUUCUUUCAUCAGUGGAUGAUAUACAAGUAAUGCUGGAUGAUCAUAUAGUUAAAACACAAACAAUGCGUGGGUCACCAUAUAUUAAACCAUUUGAAGCUGAUAUAAAAGAUUGGGAACAGAAGUUAAUUUUAACCCAAGAUUUACUUGAUGAAUGGCUGAAAGUACAAGCUACCUGGUUAUACUUGGAACCAAUAUUUAGUUCACCUGAUAUUAUGGCACAAAUGCCAGAUGAAAGUAGAAAAUUUACUACAGUUGAUAAAACAUGGAAAGAAUUAAUGAAAAAUGCUAAUAUAGAUCGACAUGUAUUAACUGUUAUAACAAUUGAUAAAAUGUUAGACAAAUUUCGUAAAUCCAGUGAUUUACUUGAUGCUAUACUUAAAGGAUUAAAUGCAUAUUUAGAAAAGAAACGUCUAUAUUUUCCAAGAUUUUUCUUUUUAUCUAAUGAUGAAUUAUUAGAAAUACUUUCUGAGACAAAAGAUCCGACAAGAGUACAACCACAUUUGAAAAAGUGUUUUGAAGGUAUUGCUUCGUUAAUAUUUACAAAAACAUUGGAUAUUACACAUAUGAAAAGUAGUGAAAAUGAAAUUGUUGAAUUACGUGAUAUUAUAUCCACCUCAAAAGCACGUGGUGCUGUUGAAAAGUGGCUUUUAGAAUUAGAGGAUGAUAUGGUGAAUUCAGUUCAUUUGAAUAUAAGUAAUGCUUUGGAUGAUUAUAUAAAGACACCACGUAAAGAUUGGGUUAAAGCAUGGUGUGGUCAAGCUGUACUAGCUGGUUCAAUGUAUUAUUGGACGUUAAAUGUUGAAGAAGCUUUACAGAAUGGUAUUGAUUCUAUGAAAGAUUAUCUCAAGGUAAAUAACCAGCAAAUAGAUGAAGUUGUCAGCAUGGUUCGAGGAAAGUUAUCUAAACAAAAUCGAACAACAUUACAAGCACUCAUUGUACUAGACGUUCAUGCACGUGAUGUGUUAGCUGAACUGAUAACACUCAAUUGUCGAUCAAAUACAGAAUUCUCAUGGCUUAGUCAACUAAGAUAUUACUGGAUAGAUAAACAGCUUGUAACACGUAUGAUUAACUCACACCUAAAUUAUGGCUAUGAAUAUCUCGGGAAUACAGGUAGAUUAGUGAUCACACCACUAACUGAUCGAUGCUAUCGAACUUUAUUUGGAGCCUUACACUUACAUUUAGGCGGUGCACCAGAAGGUCCUGCUGGUACUGGGAAGACAGAGACAACGAAAGAUCUUGCAAAAGCUGUCGCUAAACAGUGUGUUGUAUUCAAUUGUUCGGAUGGAUUGGAUUAUAUUGCUUUGGGUAAAUUUUUCAAGGGACUUGCAUCAUGUGGUGCAUGGUCAUGUUUUGACGAAUUUAAUCGUAUAGAUCUGGAGGUACUCUCUGUAGUAGCUCAACAAAUUCUAACAAUUCAACGUGCAAUCAACGCCAAUCAAUCAAGUCUAGUUUUUGAAGGGAGUGAAAUUAAAUUGAAUCAUACAUGCGCUGUAUUUAUUACCAUGAAUCCUGGUUAUGCUGGUCGUUCAGAACUUCCAGAUAAUUUAAAAGCUUUGUUUCGUUCAGUUGCUAUGAUGGUACCAGAUUAUGCAAUGAUUGCAGAGAUCUCAUUAUAUUCGUGUGGUUUUGUGAAUGCUCGUCCAUUGGCAAUAAAAAUUGUAGCCACUUAUCGUUUAUGUUCAGAACAAUUAUCCAGCCAGUCACAUUAUGAUUAUGGUAUGCGUGCUGUGAAAUCUGUACUCACGGCAGCUGGUAAUCUUAAAUUAAAAUAUCCAAACGAAGAUGAAGACGUCUUAAUGUUGCGGUCAAUUAUUGACGUCAACUUACCGAAAUUUCUAAACCAUGAUUUACCGCUAUUCAAUGGCAUUGCGUCCGAUUUAUUCCCCGGAGUUGAACGACCAACUCCAGACUAUGAAGUAUUGAAUAGUGCUAUCAAAAAUGUUUGUGAUCGUAUGAAUUUACAGAAUACCAAAUUUUUUGUUGAAAAAAUACAACAAGUCUAUGAAAUGAUGAUUGUACGACAUGGUUUCAUGAUUGUCGGUGAACCAUUCGGUAGUAAGACUAGUUCUUAUCGUGUAUUGGCAGCUGCUUUAGGUGAGAUAUGCGAAAAGGGUCUUCUGGAAGAGAAUAAAGUACAAUAUACAGUUAUCAAUCCAAAAGCAAUUACAAUGGGACAAUUGUAUGGUCAAUUCGAUCCGGUGUCACAUGAAUGGUCUGAUGGUAUACUAGCUGUGUCCUACAGAGCCUUUGCUACAUCAACAACAACAGAUCGGAAAUGGUUAAUCUUCGAUGGACCAGUUGAUGCUGUUUGGAUAGAGAAUAUGAAUACCGUACUGGAUGAUAAUAAAAAGUUAUGCCUUAUGUCUGGUGAAAUUAUUCAACUAGCACCAACAACUAAUCUAAUCUUUGAACCAAUGGAUUUAGAGGCUGCUUCACCGGCUACUGUAUCACGCUGUGGUAUGAUAUACUUGGAACCUGCAAGUUUAGGUUGGAGACCAUUGCUAAAUAGCUGGAUGAAUAAAUUGCCUUCUUGUGUUAAACAACUACACAAAGAUGUUUGGAUAGAUAUGUUCGAUAGGUUUGUUGACGCCGGUAUUGCUUUGGUGAGGAAAGGUGGUAUAAAAGAAUUAAACCCAACGGGUGAUAUUAACUUAGUUAAAUCAUUAAUGAAUUUAAUCGAUUGUCAAUUAUCAGAAUUGAAGGCAGAAAAUGCUUUAACACAAUUUGAAGAUCGUGUGUCGAGUGCAGUUGUCGAAUGUAUUUUCUUCUUUGCUUAUGUUUGGUCAAUUGGUGCAACUACAGAUAAAGAUGGCCGACUAAGAUUUGAUAAAUUAACACGUGAAUUAAUAAAUGGUGGAAUGAUGGAGGAGACAAGACAACGUUUAGCACUGGUUGAAUUAGUACCACCUCCAAUGCAAGAUUAUGGACGUCCAUUUCCUAUCAAAAAAACAGUCUACGAUUAUAAAUUAGUAAUAGAGAUAAACAAGCCUCGUGCAACGGCUAAUGAAAAUCAUGAGAGUGGAGAAGAUGAGAUUCCAGUAAGAUGGGAGUUAUGGACUGAAACUGUACGUGUAGCACCACCGAUACCGAAAGAUGCUACUUUCAAUGAAAUUAUUGUGCCGACAGUAGAAACUGUACGAUGUAAUCAUCUACUGAAUUUGUUUAUUUUAAACGGUAAACCAUCAUUAUUUAUUGGUCCAACUGGUACUGGGAAAUCAUGUUAUAUAAUGGAUUUCCUUAUGAAUAAGAUAGAGAAAGAUAUAUAUAAACCGCACACAUUGAAUUUCUCUGCACAGACCAGUGCAAAUCAAACACAAAAUAUUAUUCUGUCAAAGUUGGAUAGAAGACGUAAAGGUGUAUUUGGACCACCAAUGGGUAAAAAGAUUGUUGUCUUUGUAGACGAUUUGAAUAUGCCUGUAAGAGAAGUCUAUGGUGCUCAACCGCCUAUUGAGUUGUUACGUCAAUGGUUAGAUCACUGGAAUUGGUAUGAUCUGAAAACUAAUGAAUCGAUUCGUUUAGUUGAUCUCCUUUUCAUUGGUUCGAUGGGUCCACCAGGUGGUGGACGAAAUGUUAUUACUCCGAGAUUUUUACGUCAUUUGAAUAUUGUAACUAUAAAUGAAUUCGAUGAUGAUACUAUGAAGACAAUAUUUACUCGAAUUAUGGAGUGGCAUAUUACUGUAAGAGGUUUUAGUCCAGAUUUUAAGAAAAUGCCAGAACAAAUAGUGAAUGCUACACUUGAAAUAUACAAAGGUGCAUUACAAAAUCUCUUGCCUACACCAGCAAAAUCGCAUUACCUAUUUAAUUUACGUGAUUUCAGUCGUGUUAUUCAAGGUGUUUUACUGUCUGUCCCAGAAUCAACUGAAACAUUAGGUUCUAUGAAACGUUUAUGGGUGCAUGAAGUGUUUCGUGUUUAUUAUGAUCGUCUAGUUGAUGAUACUGACCGUAACUGGUUUUUCACUUUUAUACAACAAUGUUCAAAGACACAAAUGGAAGCAGAUUUCAAUUCACUAUUUCAGCAUUUAGCUGCCGGUGAAUCAGAGGUGACCGAAGACCAUCUUCGAUCUCUUAUGUUCUGUGAUUUUGCUAAUCCUAAAGGAAAGCGUAAUUAUGAAGAAGUACAUGAUGUGGAACAACUACGAAAAGUCACUGAAGGAUAUCUUGAAGAGUAUAAUCAAUUAAGUAAGAAACCAAUGAAUUUAGUUCUCUUUCGUUUUGCUAUCGAACACGUAUGUCGUAUUGCACGUAUACUGAAACAACCAAGAUCACAUGCACUACUUGUUGGUAUUGGUGGUUCAGGACGUCAAUCACUUACUCGACUGGCCGCUCAUAUGUCAGAUUUUGAUUUGUUCCAAGUUGAAAUCACGAAAAGUUAUGGCGUUAAUGAAUGGAAAGAGGAUUUAAAACGUAUUCUCCGUAAAUCAACUGAAACAGAUAACCAUGCUGUCUUUUUAUUCACUGAUGCACAAAUUAAACAAGAAAGUUUCUUAGAAGAUAUUAACAAUUUACUGAAUGCUGGUGAAGUGCCUAAUCUUUAUCCAACUGAUGAAAAAAUGGAAGUCUGUGAAAAAAUGCGUCAGCUUGACAGAGUGCGCGAUAGAACUAAACAAACCGAUGGUUCACCGGUUGCAUUAUUCAACUAUUUUAUUCAACGUGUUAGAGAACAAUUACACAUUGUAUUGGCAUUAAGUCCUAUCGGCGAUUCAUUUCGUAAUCGAUUGAGAAAAUUUCCUUCUUUAGUCAACUGUUGUACUAUUGAUUGGUUCCAGACAUGGCCAGAAGAUGCAUUAACAGCUGUGGCUACACGUUCAUUGAAUGAAGUUGAAAUGGCAGAAGAAAUUCGUAAUGGUUGUAUUGAUAUAUGCAAAUACUUUCAUACAAGUACGCGUCAUCUAUCAACUCGAUUUCUUCUGGAAUUAGAACGACACAAUUAUGUAACACCUACGUCUUAUCUUGAACUAAUUACAACAUUUAUGACAUUGUUAUCGAAAAAACGAAUGGAAGUAUCAACCCAAAAAAGUCGUUAUGAAGUUGGUCUAGAAAAAUUGAGUAGUGCAGCUGAAGAGAUUGGUGUUAUGUCAAAAGAAUUGCAAUCACUUCAACCAAAACUUGUACAAGCCAGUAAAGAAGUUGACGCAGUUAUGGUUGUUGUUGAACAACAAAGCGCUGAAGCAGCUAAACAAGAAAAAACUGUACGUGUUGACGAAGCAGUAGCCGGUGAACAAGCCAGAGCUGCUGAAGCAAUUAAGGAAGAAUGUGAUGCUGAUUUAGCUGAAGCUAUACCUAUAUUAGAAUCAGCCUUAAAAGCUUUAGAAACACUUACACCAGCUGAUAUCACUAUUGUGAAAACUAUGAAAUCUCCACCAGCUGGUGUACGUUUAGUUAUGGAAGCUGUUUGUGUUCUAAAAGGCAUUAAACCAGAUCGUAUUAAUGAUCCUGGUGGAUCAGGUAAAAAAGUUGAAGAUUUUUGGGGUCCAUCUAAAAAAUUACUUGGUGAUAUGAAAUUUUUAGAAAACUUAAAAAAUUUCGAUAAAGACAAUGUAGCCGCAUCAAUAAUGAAGACAAUACGUGAACGUUACAUUCCGAAUCCAGAUUUUAAACCAGAACGUGUUGCAGUCGCUUCAGCAGCUUGUGAAGGUUUAUGUAAAUGGGUGAUAGCGAUUGAACGUUAUGAUGUAGUGGCUAAAAUUGUGGCUCCAAAAAAAGAAGCCUUAGCUAAAGCAAUGUCUGAGUAUACAACAGCUAUGAAUGCAUUGAAUGUGAAACGUGCUGCAUUGAAAGAAGUUCAAGAUCGUUUAAAACUGUUAACAGAUAAUUUAGAAAUGAAUAAACGUAAGAAAAUUGAACUCGAAGAUAAAGUUGAUAUUUGCACAAAGAAAUUAGAACGUGCAGAACAAUUAAUUGGUGGUUUAGGCGGUGAAAAAACACGUUGGACAGAAGCAGCUAAAAAUCUUGGCAUACAAUAUAUUAAUCUUACUGGAGAUGUAUUAAUCUCUAGUGGAUUAGUUGCUUAUCUUGGUGCAUUCACAUCUAUAUUCCGUCAAGAACAAGUUAAAAUUUGGUUGAAAGAAGUUGUUAGUCAUUCUAUCCCAUGCUCUGAAACAUUCAGUUUAGUUAGUACACUCGGUAAUCCAGUUGAUAUUAGAGCAUGGAAUAUUGCAGGAUUACCGACUGAUGAUUUUUCUGUUGAAAAUGGAAUCAUUAUUGCUAAUGCAACACGUUGGCCAUUAAUGAUAGAUCCAACUAGUCAAGCAAAUAAAUGGAUUAAAAAUAUGGAGAAGAAGAAUAAUUUACAAGUUAUCAAGUUAACAGAUGCUGAUUUUGUACGUACACUAGAAAAUUGUAUACAAUUCGGUACACCAGUAUUGUUAGAAAAUAUCGGUGAAGAAUUAGAUCCAAUGCUUGAUUCAUUACUGCUAAAGCAAACAUUUAAACAAGGCGGAGCAUUAUGCAUUAAAAUAGGUGAUUCUGUUGUGGAAUAUUCAUCAGAAUUUCGUUUCUACAUGACAACUAAACUCAGGAAUCCACACUAUCUACCGGAGACAGCGGUUAAAGUGACUCUAGUGAACUUUAUGAUCACAGAAGAAGGUUUACAAGACCAACUGUUGGGUAUUGUAGUUGCACGUGAAAGACCAGAACUAGAAGAAGAGAAGAAUAAACUUAUUCUUCAAGGUGCUGCAAAUAAGAAAAAAUUGAAGGAACUAGAAGAUCAAAUACUUGGUGUACUAUCAUCGUCUGAAGGGAAUAUUCUUGAAGAUGAAAGUGCUAUUAAAGUAUUGAAUUCAUCGAAAGAAUUAUCAAAUGAAAUAGCUGAAAAACAAGCUUAUUUUGAAGAAACUGAAGAAAAAAUUGAUAUAGCUCGAUUAGGCUACGUACCAAUUGCUGUGCAUACAGCUAUCUUAUUCUUUUCAAUAGCAGAUUUAGCGAAUAUUGAUCCAAUGUAUCAGUACUCAUUAACUUGGUUCAUCAACUUAUUUAUUAUGGGUAUUGAUAACUCUGAGAAAUCGGAUGAUCUUGAACAACGUUUAACUAAUCUACGUAAUUAUUUAACUUAUUCAUUAUACUGUAAUGUAUGUCGGUCAUUGUUUGAAAAAGAUAAACUGUUAUUUUCAUUUCUAUUGGCGGUAAAUAUGAUAAAACAUGAUGGUUUAUUAAAUGAGCAAGAAUGGCGAUUUUUGUUAACUGGUGGAGUUGGUCUAGAUAAUCCACACAGUAAUCCAUCGGAUUGGUUACAGCCAAAAAGUUGGGAUGAAUUAUGCCGACUGGAGGAAAUCACUGUAUUCACUGGUAUACGUGAACACUUUACAACUAAUAUGAAUGCAUGGAAGCAUAUAUAUGAUAGUAUUGAACCACAUAAAGAAAAACUCCCAUCUGAUUUAGUACACAUUAAAACUCACUUACAAUAUCUCUGCAUACUACGUGUUCUACGGCCGGAUAAAAUUGUACCAGCUGUACAAAAUUUUGUUUUAGAAAAUUUAGGCAAAAAAUAUAUUGAACCGCCACCAUUUGAUUUACCGGGUGCAUUUGCUGAUUCAUCGUGUACAGUACCAUUAUUGUUUAUUCUAUCACCUGGUGCUGAUCCAAUGGUAGCAUUGUUAAAAUAUGCUGAAGAUAUGGGAUUUGGUGGUAGUAAAUUUGAAUCAUUAUCCUUAGGUCAAGGUCAAGGGCCAAUAGCAUUAAAAAUGAUUGAACGUGGUUUAAAAGAAGGUACAUGGGUAUUAUUGCAAAACUGUCAUUUGGCGCCAAGUUGGAUGGGUAUCCUAGAAAAGACAGUAGAAGAACUAAAUCCGGAUACAACACAUCCAGAUUUUCGUUUAUGGUUAACAAGUUAUCCAAGUAAAGAUUUUCCUGUAUCAAUUUUACAAAAUGGAGUUAAAAUGACAAAUGAACCACCAAAAGGUUUACGUUUUAAUCUCUGGCGAUCAUAUUUAAGUGAUCCUAUAUCAGAUCAAGAAUUCUUUCAAUCUUGUUCAAAUCAACAUGCAUGGAAAAAAUUAUUAUUUGGUUUAGUAUUCUUUCAUGCUAUUGUACAAGAAAGGCGUAAAUUUGGACCACUUGGUUGGAAUACACCUUAUGAGUUCAAUGAAACAGAUCUACGCAUAUCUGUACAACAAUUGCAUAUAUUUCUUGGACAAUAUACUGAGGUUCAAUACGAAGCAUUACGUUAUUUAACUGGCGAAUGUAAUUAUGGUGGUCGAGUAACAGAUGAAUGGGAUAGAAGAACCUUGAAAACUGUAUUAAUGCGUUUCUAUUGUCCAGCAAUAGUUAAUGAAGUAGAAUAUAAAUUUGAUGGGAGUGGAAUCUAUUAUGCACCUGAAGAUACACAGUAUGAAGGUUAUAUUGAUUACAUAAAAACACUCCCACUUAACCCGGAUCCAGAUGUUUUUGGAAUGCAUCAAAAUGCGGAUAUUACAAAGGAUCAACAAGAGACAAAUUUAUUAUUUACAAAUAUACUUUUAACUCAAGCUAAAGGAUCCUCUUCAUCUGGAAAGUCAGUUGACGAAGUAAUCGAUGAGGUGGCCAGUGAUGUUCUAGCUCGUCUUCCGCCAAAUUUUGAUACAGAAUUAGUGCUGAGAAAGUACCCAACACGUUAUGAACAAAGUAUGAAUACAGUAUUAGUACAAGAGAUGGUUCGCUUCAAUGUUCUAUUGAGUAUAAUACGUUCAAGUUUGAAAAAUAUUCGUUUGGCAAUUAAAGGAUUAGUAGUUAUGUCAUCGGAUUUAGAAGAUGUAGUUGCUGCAAUGCUUGCAUCUAAAAUUCCAAAAUUAUGGAUGACUAAAUCAUAUCCAUCUUUAAAACCGCUUGGAUCCUAUGUGAAUGAUUUUCUGGCACGUUUGAAAUUCCUUCAGGUAUGGUAUGAACAAGGAGUUCCACCGGUAUUUUGGAUUUCAGGUUUCUUCUUUACACAAGCUUUUCUAACGGGUGUACAACAAAACUAUGCACGAAAGCAUAGAAUUCCUAUUGAUUUGCUAUCCUUUGAAUUCGAAGUAAUAGAGGAUAAAAAGUAUACAGAACCUCCAUCAGAAGGAGCGUAUGUCACUGGUCUGUUUGUGGAUGGUGCUAGAUGGGAUAGACAGAAUAAGAAAUUAGCAGAGGCCUUACCAAAAGUUUUACAAGAUCCUAUGCCACCGGUUUGGUUAAUACCGAUGAAAAAGAGUGAUAUUCAACCAAGACCAAGUUAUACAGCACCAGUGUAUAAGACAAGUGAACGACGCGGUGUACUUUCAACAACUGGACAUUCAACAAAUUUUGUCCUGUCUAUACUUUUAACAUCAGAUAAGCCAGAAAGUCAUUGGAUUCUGCGAGGUGUAGCUUUAUUAUGUCAACUGGAUGAUUAGUUUAUUGUAAAGAAGAAAAAGAGAAUAAAGCAAACUAUAACAUGCAUAGUAGAUGAACAGUAAAUUAAUUCAGCUGUUCAUUAAACGAGUUAUGAUUAUUAUAUUAAAUUUAACUAUUUUAUUACAUACAGAUGGAUUUACAGCAUUAGCAUCGCCUAAAAAUGUACUAAACGGUAUACAUGUGUAUUUUCAUCGUUUCUGAAGCAUACAUAUUAUUCAUGGUGUGCUAAAUUAUUAUCACAGUAUACACUCAAAUAUAUUGU